AAAAAAGUGGAUCUUACCUGGACUCGCUUUUCCCCUACUGAUCCUCGCCGGUCGACCAUCUUCCUUUUUUCUCUGCGAAGAACACCCGAUAUUCGUGUCGGCGCGACAAGACAUUGGCUGGUCCCCUUUUUAUCUGCUUUUCCUCCUAUCUUGCCUUCGCGUGUGUGAUGAACUAGUCACCGGCCUCCUAUUCUAUCCUCCCAAAUAUUCAUCGGAUCGCGCCGCUCUCACAAAAUGAUUAGGAUUUUUCGGAGGAUCCGUGAGAUCCAAGACUCACUCUCCGACGAUGUCCUGCUACCCCUCAAGAGCUACAAGUACUCGAGCGUGGAUAAAUCGUACAUCUCGAAUUAUAUCCUCAGACAUUACUGGAAUGCUUUUGUCGAGCUACUCCCGCUUUGGAUGGCGCCGAACAUGGUCACCCUCUUGGGGUUCCUGUUCAUCGUGGGCAACGUUAUGCUUAUAGAGAUAUAUAUGCCUGACCUCAUUGGACCGGGCCCGUCUUGGUUGUAUUACAGUUUCGCAUUAGGAAUGUGGAUGUACUCGACGCUUGAUAACGUUGACGGGAAACAAGCGCGUAGAACUGGGACCUCCAGCGGAUUAGGAGAGCUUUUCGAUCACGGAAUUGACUCCCUCAACUGCACGCUUGCUAGUCUCCUCGAAACUGCGGCAAUGGGCCUAGGAUCCUCCGAACUCGGCGCUUGGACUGCAAUUGUGCCCUGCCUUGCCAUGUACUUCUCUACCUGGGAGACCUUUCACACCCAUACGCUCUAUCUUGGAUACUUCAACGGCCCCACCGAAGGUCUUUUGAUUGGAAUAGGGAUCAUGAUCGCGUCUGGCUGGUACGGACCACAGAUUUGGUCACAACCCAUCGUUGAAUUUCUGAACUUCCCGAGUCUCUUCGGCAACAAUUCUGUGAAGGAUCUAUGGGUUCCGAUCCUCGUCGGAUCGUUCUUCCUAGGCCACCUGCCCGGCUGUGUUUACAAUGUCAUCUCUGCUCGCAGAAGCCAGAAUCUCCCCGUUGCUCCCAUCUUCAAGGAAUGGAUUCCGAUGGCUGUCUUUACCGGAUGCAACAUCGCCUGGCUUUUCUCCCCAUAUUCGUCUAUUCUGUCCGGCAACCGACUAGUGUUGUUCUGCUGCACGAUGUCUUUUGUCUUUGGACGGAUGACCACAAAAAUUAUCCUUGCACACUUAUUGAGACAGCCAUUCCCCCACUGGACAGUAUUCCAGACUCCUCUUAUCGGCGGUGCUAUACUCGCCAAUCUUCCGUUCCUGGGCCUCCCUGCAAUUAGCGCCUCUUUCGAACUUUUUUACCUGCGGGUGUAUUUUCUAUUCGCAUUUGUCGCUUACAUGUACUGGGCAGUGCUGAUCAUUAACCGCAUAACAACAUUCCUUGGCAUCAAUUGUCUAACAAUCCGUCGAGACCGAUCAUCCGAGAGGGAACCCCCAUUUCGCGGCCUCGCAACAGAUAAUUCCGACAGGGGAACCAUCAAAAGCCACUAAUACGAACGCGAAAGUCCUCGAGAACGGGAGCCGUCUAUAACACCCAACCCAUCUGUGCAGGCUUCGCCCUGCAGAAUGAUAUGACAGAUGGAUUUAUCCCUCCCUCUCGACGUGUUACGACGUACAUACUUACAACACAUACAUACACACAUACAUACACACAUACAUACAUAACAUGCAUGACCUGCUUCUGCUGUACAAUUCCCCCCCCUCCUGGACAUGCCAACAACACGCGCAGACGCGCUAUGAUCUUACGACUUUAUUGAUGGGGCAUACACCGACAGAUUAUGUGACAUGGGAUGAACAGAGAAAACUUGGAACAACGUAUUGGGUUCCCUUCUUUUCCAGUGCUUUUCCCCAUAGGAUAAUUAUAGAUAGCUUAUUAAAUAAGCUUUUAAUGGAUAAUAACGUCGAUAGAGAUAUAUAUUCUUUUCCCAUUCAC